UCAGGAACCGAUUAUUUCUCAGUCUUUCGAGAGAGAUUGCUUCCCCAGGGAAGUGAAAAUAAUGAACUCCUGGAAGUAUUGGUUUUUUGCUUUCAUGGGAGUCAGUGUGGUUAUUUUUGUGAUCCUUUACAGUGGCCAGUUAAGCAAACCAAAAAGUCACAGGGAUAGCUCCAUUGAAAGAGACUUGGGGAUACACGCCUGUAAGGAUGCCUUAGAUGAGAAGUCAACCUUUUUGUGGGAAAAGACAUUGACGUCCCCCGUAGGAAGUGUCCCUUGCAAGGACUACCUGAUCCAGAAUCGCUACAUCACAAGGCCUUUGUCGAAAGAAGAAGCCGAGUUCCCUUUGGCAUAUGUCAUGGUCAUCCAUAAGGAUUUUAACACUUUUGAAAGACUCUUCAGGGCCAUCUAUAUGCCCCAGAAUGUCUACUGCGUUCACGUGGAUGAGAAAGCCACAAUUCACUUUAAGAAGUCUGUGUGGCAGCUGCUGAGUUGCUUCAAGAAUGCUUUUCUUGCUUCAAAGAUGGAGCCUGUGGUCUACGCAGGAAUUUCCAGGCUCCAGGCUGACCUGAACUGCCUGCAAGACCUUUUAGCUUCUGAAGUUCCGUGGAAAUACUCCAUCAACACCUGCGGGCAAGAUUUCCCCCUGAAAACCAACAGGGAGAUCAUUCAGCAUCUCAAAGGAUUUAAAGGGAAAAACAUCACCCCCGGAGUGCUGCCUCCUGACCACGCUGUAAAGCGGACUCGAUAUGUCUACCAGGAGUGCUUGGGCAGAGGUGGCUCUUUUAUGAAAAAUACCGGUAUUUUGAAAACCUCACCUCCCCACCAGUUGACCAUCUACUUUGGCACUGCUUACGUGGCCCUCACCAGAGAGUUCGUCAAGUUUGUCUUCCAAGACCGAAGGGCCAUUGAUCUGCUCCAGUGGUCCAAAGAUACCUAUUCUCCCGAUGAACAUUUCUGGGUGACUCUUAAUAGGAUCCCAGGUGUCCCUGGCUCCAUGCCAAAUGCAUCCUGGGCCGGUGACCUCAGAGCUGUGAAGUGGUUUGACAUGAAAGAUAAACACGGAGGCUGCCACGGCCACUAUGUCCAUGAUAUUUGUAUCUAUGGCAACGGAGACUUAAAGUGGUUGAUUAAUUCGUCAAGCCUCUUUGCCAACAAGUUUGAGCUCACUGCGUACCCCCUCACUGUGGAAUGCCUGGAACUGAGGCUUCGAGAAAGGACCCUGAAUCAGAGUGAAAUUGCAAUACAGCCCAGCUGGUAUUUCUGAUCUACUGCCACUCAACGUCUAAAGGGAAAUCACCUCUGGGAAGGAGAGCCUUUUUUUGGGAGAAAAACUUUGCCUGGGUUAUGUGAACAGUCUCAGGGCCAAGGUUAUAGCUUCAGGACCUGACUGCAUAGUUACACGUCAAAAUGUCUGCCAGACACUGUGAAAUGUGCUGUCAGGAUGCUUGCACGGUGAUACUGGUUCUUAGGCCACCCUGGAAGUUUCUUGAGGUUCAGCGCUCUUUCAGGCUCAUGUCCCCAUCUGUGAUAAACUGAACUGUUUUCAGAUCUUUGCAUCAGACCCUCAUCGUAUAUAAAUAUUCUCAUGAAAAGGAGAAUGGUAGAUAAUACUAUUUAGGGAAAUAAGAAUCAAGUUUCUUUGAAGAAGGAAUUUUUUUUUAAUCACAGAUCUGUAGCCUCACAUGAGUGGACUCCUCCUGCUCUUUGCUCAGCUGUAUGUCGGCAUAGAAACUGCUUUUCAGGUAACUCUCCAGUCUCCUUUAGAACUUGAGCUGCUAGAACUGAGAACUUGGUCCUAUUCCUGAGUUUCAACAGUAGCAUUUUCAAGUUUCCUGUGCCUACAGUUUUUUGUUUUUUUUUUUUUCAUUCUUUACAUUCUGUGUAGAAUGUAAAGUUAUUCACAGGAGACCAAAUUUAAGACAGCUGUCACUGCCUGCUACUUCAGUAAAAGAUCCUCAGGUAGUUCGCUUCUUGAAUAUUUGUCAGAGUGUCCUCUGACCCCUCUCCAUCAUUUUCCAUUGAGAACAUGGGAAAGUUCUUGAAGAAUGAAGAUAUUUCAAGAGUGGAAGUGCUAUUGCAUGGGUGUAGCCCCAAGCCUUGACUAUUUCAGGUGAAUCACUUCCCUUUUUUUGCCUUCACCCCCACCAAAGUGGGGCUUCCCCAGUGGCUCAGUAGUAAAGAAUCUCCCUGUGAUGCAGGAGACACAGGAGAUCCGGAUUCAAUAACUGGGUCAGGAAGAUCCCGUGGAGAAGGAAAUGGCUACCCACUUCAGUAUUCUUGCCUGGGAAAUCCCAUAGACAGAGAAGCCUGGUGGGCUACCGUCCAUGCGGUCACAAAGAGUCGGGCAUGACUGAAGCGACUAAGCAUGCACACACCACCAAAGUGAUCUUACCUGCAAAAUGGAGACCAAAUGCUAUCCCAUGAGCCUUUAAGGAGUCCACAGUGUUCUCUGGGUAACUUUGCAGUGCCUGUGGGGGUCGUAGGAGUGCUUGGAUUUUUAAAAGCUUUCAGUUGUGGAAGAGCCUCUUUGUUACUUAUCCUUUAUCCCAUUCAUCCAUCCAAUCCAUCAGUAAGUAUUUCUUGGGUGUCUACUAUACACCAGACACGUGCAGAGACAAGAAGUGAGAAGCUUUUUCACUCUGAAAAUCUUGGCAAUAAUGCCAGCAUUGGAAAGAGAAUCUCUAGAACUCCAGAGAAUCUCACAGAGUAUAUUAUUCCCCCUGGCUCCGGCCACCUCAUGAAGCAUGUGGAACUCCCCUGACUGGGGAUCAAACCCGCGGCCCCUGCAGUGGAAGUGCAGAUUCCUAACCACUAGACCACAAGGGAGUGGCUGUAGUGGUGGGCUUAUGGGUUGUCAUAUCAGGCCCCAGAUAUCACCAAUUUCAAAGUGAGGUCUAAAUCAGAAUAUUCCGAAGAGAGAAGGGAGGGAGGGGACAGAGGCCAUAGCUGAUUGUUUUCUAGGCAUCCUGCUUUCUCUUUUACCUCUCAGGGCAUUCGGAUCUCACAAUGCUCUUGUAAACUCGCACAAUUAUCCCCAUCUUGCAGAUGAAGUGACUGAGGCUUAGAGAGGUUGUUAGUAAGCAUGAGGAAACAAGUUCUCUGAGAAUCAGGCUUCUCUUACUGGUCUCUUUAGUUCAUUUCCUAAGGUGGAGCAUCUCGAGAAGGUGAAGUGAAGCCAUAUCUAGCAUCCCACAAUGGUUUCAGUGUUCAUAUUGAGAAAACGUCCUGUCACGUCAGAAAAAUGUGAAGUCUCCUUUUGUACUCCAUCCAGUUCCUUGAUAUUUAUUUAUUCUAAUGAAAAACAGCAACUACAACUAAGGAUACAUUUAAUCCAUGCCAUGUUACUUUUUCUGCAAUUGUGCCUGUUGAAUGUUAAUCAUAUUUAACUUAAGGAAGCCCUUAAUCAUAUUUAAUGACCUUGAAUUUAAUGAAUUUUAAUGAUCUUGAAGGAAAAUCUGUCUUUUUUCCUGUUGCCGAGAGAGAUGGAAGUGCACUGGGUGAUGAAAAGUCAAGGGGUAGGGAGCACAUCGGGAGCUAAAGGCAGAAUUUAAAAUCACCUUGUUUGUUUUUUUUCAAACUUACAUCACACCACUUGAGAAGAGGAGCCCUUUACACUGGAUCUUCUUUUGCAGAAGAAGAAAUCUCUUGGAAUAGAAGGUGUUUACAUGUCUAUUGUUGGUCAUUUCUUCUGUGUCUCAAAUAUUUUAAUGUUGGGAGGGUUCACUGUUUGAACUAGUGGGUUACUGCGGGCCCGUGGAGAGGCCCUGAAAAUUUUGUUUUC